AGUGUUACUUGAUGAACACAGUUGUACCUCUAGUGCUAGAAGAAAGACCACUACACCUACUAGUGCCUGGGUGGCAUCAAAGGCUGUCCAUCUGUUAAAGAAUUCAACCAUGGGAACUAAAGAUUUGAGGAUUAGGUUGGAAGAAAAAUACAAGUGUGAAAUACCUUAUGACACUGUUUGGAAGGGAAGACAAUUGGCACUGAAAGAGUUGCAUGGUAGUUGGGAAGAAAGCUUUCAGAUGCUAUUCAAUUGGAGAGCAGAGGUUUUGAGUCGGUCUCCAGGGAGUAUCAUUGAGGUAGACAUUAAAGAGGUGGAUGGCAAGGUAUAUUUUCAUAGGUUUUUUUGUGCAUUGGGUCCUUGCAUUGAAGGUUUUUUAGAGGGUUGUAGGCCAUAUCUAAGUAUAGACUCUACAGCACUUAAUGGUAGGUGGAAUGGGCAUAUGGCUGCGGCAACUGCUAUAGAUGGCCACAAUUGGAUGUACCCAGUAGCCUUUGGAAUCAUAGACGGUGAAACUGAAGACAAUUGGGUAUGGUUCAUGAGCCAAAUGAAAAGGGCUAUAUGAGAUCUCCCUUUGCUUGCUGUGUGCACAGAUGCAUGUAAAGGACUAGAAAAGGCAGUUAAGCAUGUUUUCCCUCAUGCUGAACAAAGAGAAUGCUUUAGACAUCUCAUGCAAAAUUUUGUAAAAAGGUUUGGUGGUGACAUCUUCUCCAAUAUGUACCCUGCAGCUAGAGCUUAUAGGCCAGGAGUCAGCCAAUACUUUUAACAAAGUGGAAAAGGAGUGAGUUUAACCCCGCCAUUAAGUGUGAUUAUAUCACCAACAACCUAGCUGAAGUUUUCAACAACUGGGUUAAAGAUUGGAAGGACCUUCCAGUUGUUGAGCUUGCAGACAAGUGUAGAGAGCUGAUAAUGAUUUUGUGGCAGAAAAGAAGAAGGAUUGCAGACAAGUUGAAUGGAAAAGUCUUACCUGCAGUUAUACAACAGUUGAAGGUAAAGACUAGAGGACUAGGUCACUUGACAGUUACAAAGGCUAGUUAUUUCUCUGCACAAGUGGAUGACAGCACAAAUACUCAUAAUAGGCAUGUCGUUAAAUCCUAUUUACAUGAAUGUACAUGUCUUGAAUGGCAGCACACUGGCAAGCCUUGCCAGCAUGCACUGGCGUUGAUUACAGCACAAGAUAGUGUGGAUGUGGAGUUGGAGGAUUUUGUGCAUGAUUUUUAUUCGGUUCAGAGGUUCAAGAAUGCAUACAAGAGAAUUAUUGAGCCACUGCCAGAUAAGACCCAGUGGCCACAUGUGGACCUACCAUUUGUUGUUGGCGCCCCACUGGACAAGAGAGGUAGAGGAAGGUACAAAAAACUCAGAAUCAAGAGUUGCCUUGAAGGUGGGAAUAGCAAGGGCAAAAAGGUUGCUGCAGAAAAAGGAAAAGAGGCUGACAGAGAGGCAGCUAAUGAAGUUGACGUGCAGGCUGAAAACCAAUCUGAAAAAAGCAAGAAGAAGAUGAUAAGAGGGAAGAGAAGGUGCAAAAAAUGUGGAGAAUUAGGCCAUGGUGAAACCAGCUACAAGUGCCCAUUAAAUGGAACGAAGAAAAGGAAGAGAAAGCCUCGAAAAAACACAACUAAGUAUGGGGAGAAUGCCAAAGUGCCAACACAAAAGAAGUCAAAAGGAGGUGAGGGAGGUACUACUGCCCAUGGAAGGGAGGAAUGUGUUGUUGUCCAAGAAAUGGAGAUUGUUGCUGUUGUUCAAGUCAUGGAGCAAGGUGAUGCUGCUGUUGUUCAAAACCCAACUAAGCCUACAAUGGAAACAAUUAUAAAUGACAACCCAAUUAGGGUCACCAGAAGUCGACUUGCAAUGCUAUUGGCAGAUGGUACAACUUCACAGGAAGGUCUGCCAUCAGCAUCAUUCUCAAACAAGAUGACACCUCCUAAGAAGUUGACACCUAGGAAACUGAGAUGCUGAUUUGUGAAAUCAGCUAGUAUUUGUUAGUAGCAUGUAUCUGAGAAGUGAACUCAGCCUUUAUGUAUCUGUGAAAAUUUGAUAUGGCUGCUAGCCUUUAUGUACCUGAGAACUCCGCCUUUAUGAACAUCAACGUUGUGCUCAAAUUGAGAUGGAUGCUUGCCUUGAUGUGAAUUCAGCCUUUAUGUAUCUGAGAAAAA